AUGGCGGUGAGGGAAGAGGGGUCGAGGAAGAGAAGAAAGGUAGAACGCACCAUACCAGCUCAUUCCGUGUCCUUCACCCAUUCAGACCAGCUAAGGCACCUUCUGCAAUUGUCUCAUAGUUCCCCGUUUGAGGUCAAAUCAGCAAUCGACCAUUUCACGGACUUUCUUUCCACCAUUCCAGAGAACCAGGAUUCCUCAAACCGGGCUCGUCAGCUGAAGAUUUUGAAAGACUACUGCGAAACCCAAUCAUCCACCUCUCACGACCAAGUUGACUUCCCUGACCUAUUAUCCAUUUGGGCCUCGGCAAGCCAAUCCAAUGACGAACCAAUCCUAUCGGCAGUCACCUCGGCCCUCGUCCAGUUCUUCCAAACCAUCUCCAGUGACGUAGAUUUCCGCGACUUUGGGCUAUCCCUGUGCCAUAGUUUGUUGAAACGAGAUCAACUGCGCAUUCUUGAUAAAGGCCUCUCCUCUCCGAGAUCCAAAGAGCACAUUACUUCUCUGUGUCUACAGCUCCUGACAGAAAUCACCAGCUUCGACGGCGGAGCUCUCGCCAGCAAUGUUUUCGCUCGACGAGACCAUCUCUACCGACGACUCGACGGAAUCCUGGCCCAAACCGCAUCCGAAUCUGCUGACGGCCCAAGAUUUACACCUCAUAGAGCUGCAUUGGAAUUCCUGUCGGCCAAUUUGAAGUAUCUUGACUCGACAUCCAAGUCCGAGCUGAUCACUCAUGGGAAAACCUUGUAUUCGGCGCUUCGCAGUCUUCCCAAUGAAAAGGCCGAUAUCGUCAUUAGGUUUCUGAGCACCCUUGAAAAAUCCGUGCUCGAAGAUAACGCUCUCUCCAAACAGAUCAAGAGUCGAUGCUUCAAUUCUGGAAUACUGUCUGCUCUGGCCAAACUCUAUGAUUAUCAAGCGGGUUCGACACAAUCCGACGGUAUUGAUCGCGUGACCGGUGUUCGAAAUGCUUUGCAUCAACUACUCCUGCAGGUAUGCACGACGACGAGGGGAGUUUUGGUGCCUCAAUCGGGGUGGUACCCUCCAGGAACCUCCCCAGAAAGUCAAAGGCAAGACGAAGACAUGAUCGACCUCGGCCUCGAUUCGCCGUAUUAUUUCGACCACUAUUCCGGAAAAGUGCCCGUCAAGAACGGAACCCUGUCAACAUUCAUCCAGACGCUCAGACCAGAGAGCGACAUUCAGCAAGCAAACCUCAUCACUUCAAUUUUUGUGGCCGCUCCAGAGCUCGUAGCGGAGUACUUCACCAAAAAGCAAAGGUUCCUUGUUCCGCCGGGAGACAACCCACUAUGGCGUGGUCAAUUUGCAUUCCUCUUCUCUGUCGUCCAGCUCCCUGUCCCGCCCAAUUGUGGCUGGCACGGGAAGGCUUCAACACCACCACCUCUAUCGAUUGUCAUCGAAAGCAUUGUUCCGCGCCCAUUCGAUCGAUCUACCAUCACGAAAUGUCUCCGCAUCAACGAAGAUAUUAUGACGAUGUCUUCCACUCGCCUGCUGACCGUUGCAUUUGAAAAGCUCGAUUCUGUCGUGCGGACGUUUGAACGCGCGUUUUCUCAAUCUCCCUUGUGGAGUCAAGCGUCCAGAAAACUCAUCAAUCUGUUCGUCGAACGUAUUCCGGUGCUACAAGACGUCAUCACCACCUUGCAAAGUCUGGGAAAUGAUAAGGAACAAGUCCGCACGACGGUUCUCGAAUGUAUUGCUGCCUAUCAUAGGAUCUUACCAUCCACAACAGCCGGCUCCAAAUUUGACAUCGGUCCCACUCUGAGCAAAGCGCUCCGAACUCGAGAGCCGGAGAGCCUUGAUACCGAAAGCAGAGACAUCCUCGAUGAGCAAGUAGUCCACCUUCUUCAAAUCGCAGAUAUCUCCCCAGCAACAAAGUGGUUUCAUAAAUCAAUUACUGAUAGUUUUUCGCUGAUUGUCCGGCUACUCCAGUGCUGUAUUCCGUCGCUGGAAGGUGCCGUCGCAAAACAAUCAAUACCGAUUCUCAGAUCUAUGUUGACCAGCAAAGGCAUAUUGAAUUCUAGUACCCGGUCCCUGGAAGCAUUGAUCCAGAGCUUGAUCUCGACCAAAAAGUGGCAACCAGAGCCAGCCGCAUAUGAAUUUUUAGACAAUUGCAUAACGCGCACGAUGCAGAGACCGGCCAAGUAUCUGGAUCAACUGGAGCAGAUGCAGCAAAUGGUAUCGGAUUCGAAGGAGCUGAGCCUUGUCGCUUGUUGCGUCGCGGAGCAAUGGUUCUUCGUCCCCCAAAAGGAAGACGAACAAGGAAUCAAGAAUAUCGCUGAAUGGAUUGCUAGAUUCUUCUCAGCUCUUGAUGUGGCGGGUGAGAACUAUAGGGUCAUGAUGGAAUUUCGGCAGGAGAUGGUGAAAGGUCGUGAGGGAAACGAGAAGGCGGGAGCGGCACUCGAAAAAGCUUUUGAGAAACAGCGCAAGAAGUCUAUAACCCUGCCCGAUCUAGGAUAUGCAAGCACGCUCGAAGAACCCGAGUCAGGGAACCUUGGAAAGAACGGCCUGCCCGCUGAAUCAGCUCUACAGCAAGACCUCAAUGAUGACGACGUUACAACGACCUCUUUUCCUCCUCCACCGGCCAUCCCGACGUCUUUGACCGGACUCGAGCGUUGGAACAAACCAGAUUUCGAAUCCGAGAUCCAAUCAGGGCAUCUCGCAAGUCUGUUACGCUGCCUGAUCUCACCUUCACAGGAAACCCGCAUUCAAGCUUUCCACACGCUUCAAACCGUCACACACGCCGUCGAACAAUCAGCAUACGACGAAAGAAUCCAACUUUAUCUCUUGUUAGGCGAAGUCAGCGAGACAAUCCGCGCUUACACUGCAAGUAGAGGGGACCUUCCGCCUCCAUCCAUCGUCGCUGAAUUAGCAAUCCAUAUGCUUCCCGUGAUCGCAGACCCAAGCUCGCCAUUCUACCGCAAGGCAAACCGCUUCCUAUUACGUAGCCCUAGCUGGUCGAUCCCGCAUCUACUGUCGGACUUGUUAUCCACGACAUUUCUCACCGAGCCUGAAGCCGACGACACUGAGCUGAGCAGUGGCGGCAGUAUGAACGCACAAACUCUCGAGAUCGAACAUUUCCUCUCACUGCUCACAAAAUCUCUUCGCACCGAGACAGACAUGGACCUCUUCCGCCGCGCCCAUGUCUUCUCACGCCUUUUUGCAUACUAUCUAACACCCAUCUGUUCGGCUACGGCGCGCAGAGAGGUUUUAAGACUUGUGCACCGUGCGACGACCGUGAGGGGUGGGAGCGAUACACUGAUCACCCGUGCGGGCGUACGCGAGUGGUUUGCGAUUGCGAAAGGAUUGCGCGGGCACAGCGGGCAGGGGGCUAUGUUUGGGGAAAUUCACGGUGAGAUGGCAAAGCUGUUGGAUGUGGCAGAGCACGAGGUCCGGCGGACGUGUGAUGGGGAAGGGAUCAGGCGAUGGGAGGAGCGGAAGCCUGUUUUUAAAGAUGUCAGGGGUAGAGGGGAUGUGGAGUGCGAGGAGGAUGUUGCGGCGAAAGUAGAUGGGGCCAACGAGGAUGAUGAGGUCCAAGAUGAUAAUUGA